UAUGAAAUUGGUUUUAUAGUCUGUGCUGCUGUGGGAAUACUGUUUGUUCUAUUGCUGCCUCUAGUGGGGCUCUGCUUCUGCAUGUGCCGCUGCUGUGACAACUGCGGUGGGGAAAUGCACCAAAGACAGAAGAAAAAUGCCGAGUGUCAGCGGGGCUGCUUUGCUACAGUUCUUUUUGUUGCUGCUUUAUUAAUCAGUGUUGGUGUGCUUUUUGCUUACGUUGCUAACCAACACCUCACAAGUCAAGUCAGAGGAGCAAAAAAACUGGUGAACAGUAAUUUCAAAGACCUGAGGACUUUCCUAAAUGAUACUCCUGCGCAAAUUGAUUAUUUGGUUAGUCAAUAUAACACUACCAAGAAGAAAGCACUUGCUGAUCUUAACAAUGUUGGACCAAUACUUGGAAAGAGAGUCCAGGAACAGCUAGGAAGGGAGGUUCGCCCUGCACUUGAUGCAGCCCUAACUAUGGCAGGAGCUAUUAGAGAAACAAAGGAGGCAUUGGAGAAUGUGAGUGUUUCUGUGGAGGUCUUGCAGGAGGGCACUGAGAAGCUGCAUACCAACCUGACAGAAGUUAAAGGACACCUGACCAACACACUUAAUGAUUCUGCCUGCACAGCUGAUCAAGCUGCCUCAACUUGCAAUAUCAUCAGGAAUUCACUAAAUCAACUAGACAUAAAUGCCAACUUCAGCAAGUUGCCAGAAAUUAGCACUCAGCUUGCCAAAGUCAAUGAAGUCCUUAAAAUAGACCUCUCCAGUCUGGUUCAAAAGGGUUAUGCAGCAUUUAACAAUACUCCAGAUUUGGUAGUUGAUCAAACAAGGAACAUUUUAUCAGCUGUACCUUAUAUAAAAAAUGUACUGGAUGCUAUUGGUUCAAAUAUCACAGCCUUUACUAAAAUGCUUCCUGUCCAGAAAGUACUAGCUGACUUCACAAUAUAUCUUACUCAGAGUGAAGCAUACGUUCAAGAUCAUUUUCCAUUAGUGGAGCAAUAUGAUUUCUAUAGAUGGCUGGGUUGCUUAAUUCUUUGCUGUAUGGUGAUAUUGAUCCUUGUCUUUUACUAUCUGGGACUGUUAUGUGGUACCUGUGGUUAUGACAAAAAUGCUACUCCAACAACAAGAGGCUGCAUCUCGAACACUGGAGGAAAUUUCUUAAUGGCUGGAGUUGGAUUCAGUUUCCUCUUCUCUUGGGCUCUGAUGCUAAUUGUAGUCGUCACUUUUAUUACGGGUGGAAAUGUGGAAAAGCUUAUCUGUGAGCCAUUUGAAGACAAGACUUUAUUCAAAGUUUUGGACACUCCCUACUUGUUGAAUCGCCACUGGAAACACUAUCUAUCUGGCAUAAUUUUAAAAAAUCCAAAUAUUGACUUGACAUUUGAAAAAGUUUACAGUGACUGCAAAGAAAACAAAGGCAUUUAUACUACACUUCACCUAGAAAACAUCUUCAAUAUACACGACAUUCUGAAUGUUAGCAUGUACGCAGAAGAUGUAUCACUUAAAAUCAAGCAUAUUAAUAUAAAUUUGAGCAACAUAGUCUUGCUGGAUGAAAUUGGAAAGGAGAAUCUUUUGAGUUUCAGUGCUUCAGGAAUAAAUGAGAUAAACUUUGCAGCGUACUUAAUAGAGAUCAAUAAGAGUGUUACCAAAGUGGAUCUCUUGUCCUUCGCUAAUGAUUUGGAAGCAAGAGCAGACCAGCUGCCCAAAGGAGCACUGGAAAACGCCUUGAAAGGGCAUGCAAAUAAUAUCCGGAUGAUACACAGACAACAAGUUGUUCCAUUGGAACAAGCAAUGAAAUAUGUUAGAGCUAGGAGCACUUUAAACCAGAGUAUACGAUUACUGCAAAAAAUAUCAUCAGAACUUUCGGGGAAAGUGAAAAAUGUGAUUGGAGCUGUUGAUACUGCUCAACAUCUUAUAAACAAUAAUGCUUCAUCUGUUAUUGUCCAGGAAACAAAGAAGUACAUGGAUACUAUAAUAGGUUACUUUGAGCAAUAUGCAGAAUGGGUGAAGGAAUCGAUUACAAUGGAAGUGGCAACAUGUAAGCCUAUUGCCAAUGUGAUCGAUACAGCUGUAGAUAUAUUUUUGUGCAGCUACAUAACAGAUUCUUUGAAUGCCUUCUGGUUUGGUUUAGGAGGCUGUUCAGUGUUUCUAAUCCCUGCCAUCAUUUGUGCUGUAAAACUAGCCAAAUUCUAUCGUAGGAUGGAUACAGAAGAUGUCUAUGAUGACUCUGUGGAACAGUGGUAGCACAUACUGGAAAUGUCAAGGCCUCUGGAUUCUUCUCUGGGAAAAUACCAUCUUUCCAAUUAGUGUUGAACUCUGAAUCUUCAUCCUUCUUGUUUGAGGCCUGUACUGUGAAUUAUUUUCAAUUAUUUGCUAUUCAGUACCAUUGAAACUUGGAAUAAGUGGUUUCCAUUCUUGCUUUCCUGUACCAUCUUUCCAUUGGGAUUUCUCAUGAUCACAGUAAUUUAAAUAACCAGGGCUGGGUGGGUUUUGUGUUAACUAUUUUGUUUCUUUUGGUUCAGAUUACCUGACCAUUCAGAAUUGCUCAGCUUUUCUUAUAAUACCUGGAGAGGUUAAUACAAUACAGUAUAUAUAAAUGUGUUUACAUGAAGAAUACAUUCUCUGUACAGACACUUUUGUAUCUGUGUUUUUUACAGCUGUCUUACAGCAGAUUUUUAAUACUAUUUGUUAUAUACUUCAUAAGCAACCUGUUCAGCGUGAUCAGUGUUCCUUUGGUGCUGUCAGAUGGCCAUAAUUGACUGUUUUUUAAAAAAUGGAAAUCCUUCAGUCUCCCCACCUGACCACCAUAAAAUUUAAUGUAAUUGAAAGGCUGUUGUUCCUUCGUUCUGAAUUAUUAUUCAAUAUGCCAUGUGACUAAGACCAAAAUUAUAUUUUGCUUAAACAUUCUGAACAAACAUGAAAAGGAAGUAUAAUAACACAUUGUCUUCCUUGGAACCUGAAUAAAUAUACUAAGGCAAGAUAUCUCAAAAGGACCCAUUCAGGACUUCAGCAAAUAGUAUAUUUUGUGUGCACAGUGCGUGGAAGACAGCACACUCAUUGCUGUCACUUGAUGUAAUGACCAAAUGUCAGGAACCUCAUAAAUGCCUAGUUAUGUAUGCCCAGCAGGCUUAAUCUUUUUUCUCAUAUACAUCAUUUGCAUGUGUAUGAAAGGAACUGGAUUUGGGAUACAUGCAUAGAGAUGCAUGAAUAUCUGUUUAUCUCAUCUAGAUGUUACAACCAAGGGUGAACAUCAGGUGGAAGUGACACAUAAUUCCAUGCCCACUUAGUUCAUUUAGGCCUGUUACAGACUGCCAAAAUAAAGCUGCUUCGGGUCUCUUUGGAGGUAUGCUGU